UUUGGGGAGGACCAAGACAGAAGCAGCCUGGAGCCCAGGUCAGAGCCUUGGAUCCUCCCUGGGGAAAGCUACUGGGAUGGAGACAGCCUGGACUUUCAGCCGGGUUCCCCACCACCCCAUCUUCUGGGUCCCUUCCCUGCAUCCCUUGAUGUUCAGGGGUCUUGGGAGCAUCCCAUGGUCCAAGAGGCCAGGGAGGGCACCCCAUCUGAGCAGAGGUUCCAGAACUCAGUUAUUGUGAGAACUAUGAAACCCUAUGCCAAGCUCAAGGGCUCUAGAAAGUUCUUGCACCACCAGGGUGAACUGAAGUUCUUAGAGAAAUACUCUCCAAGCCACCAUAAGUUUGAUUGGCUCCAAAAUGCGGAUGAACAGGGGCCCCUGAAGGAUACAAGGUUGCACCUGGACCUCCCUGCCCAGCCACCGACUGUCAAUUCCUUCAGGAGGGUAAUUGUGCCAGUGGAUGACACUCCAAAAACCUUGGACAUGGAGGUUAUGGGUACCAGAGAGGACCUAGAAGACUUUGGGGAGGUAGCCCAUCCUUCUGAGUGGGGUCUCCACACAUCAGCCUCAGAAGUGGCCACCCAGACCUGGACAGUGAACUCUGAAGCAUCUGUGGAGCGACUGCAGCCCCUUCUGUCCCCAGUCCAGACAGGACCAUAUCUGUGUGAACUGUUGCAGGAAGUAGCUGGUGGGGUGGACAGCCAUGAAGAAGAGGAAGAGGAGCCACCUGUGUUUCCUUGCAUCGAGUGCAGCAUCUACUUCAAGCACAAGGAGCACCUCCUAGAACACAUGAGCCAGCACCGCCGAGCACCAGGCCAGGAGCCCCCAGCCGACCUGGCUCCACUGGCCUGCAGUGAAUGCGGCUGGGCCUUCACAGAACCUACUGCCCUGGAACAGCACUGGCAACUGCACCAGGCUUCCAGGGAGAAGAUUAUUGAAGAGAUCCAAAAGCUAAAGCAAUUUCCAGGUGAUGAGGGCCGUGAGGCACGGCUGCAAUGCCCCAAGUGCGUCUUUGGCACCAAUUCCUCUAGAGCCUUCAUGCAACAUGCUAAGCUGCAUGUGCGUGAGUCACUGCCCAGCCAAAAGGCCAAGGAACCUUUCAGUGGUGGCAGCCCAGUCUUAGAUGUUAGCACCCUCAUCUAUCCCUCCUAUGGAGAUUCCUCAGGCCUCAAUACCUGCAUUCACUGUGGCUUUACAGCACCUAGCAAGGGUCUGCUCAGGGAGCACAUGAAGCUAGUACAUGCCCACGCCCAUUGGGAAGAGGAUGGAGAGGCCUAUGAGGACCUUACUAGCCAGCCAGGCACUAGCCAGGAUGCAUAUACUCACUUACCUGACACUGCUACCAUGGACUAUUUUAGCAAAUCUGAGCCUCUCUUGGCCUCGGUAUGGCAUGAAAACCCUUCUGGAUAUGACCCUGGCCUAGCUUUUGGUCUAUCAGACUAUCAGCAGCCAGGCAUGAGAGAUUUUCCAUUGCUAAAUUCAGGCCAACAGUCUCUUGGAAAGCUGGCCUUUCCAUCCCCUAUGGCAUCUCCUUCCUAUUCUAUACAGCUCAAUAGAAACAAAAGCACUGUCCACUUGCAGAGAAUGAAAAACAAGAGUCAUCCUUGGAGUGAAGAGGAAGAAGAAGAGGAAGAAGAUGAAGGUAUAGUUCUGACUUCUGAAAUGGAUUUUACUCCUAAAAAUGGAGCCUUUCCACCCCUAGCCACCCCUACCCUCAUCCCUCAACCAGCCCUUGAGUUGAAGCAGACUUUCCAAGAUGCCCUGCAGGCAGUUGAUGCCUCAGAGACUCAGCAGGAGCAGCUCCAAGGAAUGGUGCCUAUUGUUCUGAUGGCAAAGCUCAGGCCACCAGUCAUAGCUGCAGCCACCCGGGCAUCCCCAAAGCUGUUACCUGAGGAGCUAGAGCUGAGAAGCACCCACCCCCUGGACUUCCUGCUCCUAGAUACACCUUUGGGCGGCUCACUGGGUCUGGACACACUCUUAGAAGGAGAUCCAGCCAUGGCACUAAAGCAUGAGGAGCGGAAAUGCCCCUACUGUCCUGAUCGUUUCCACAAUGGCAUUGGGCUGGCCAACCAUGUCCGGGGCCACCUGAACCGAGUGGGUGUCAGCUACAAUGUUCGGCAUUUCAUCUCUGCAGAGGAGGUGAAGGCCAUUGAACGCAGGUUUUCCUUCCAGAAGAAGAAGAAAAAAGUGGCUAACUUCGACCCGGGCACCUUUAGCCUGAUGCGAUGUGACUUCUGUGGGGCUGGUUUUGAUACUCGGGCUGGCCUCUCCAGUCAUGCCCGGGCCCACCUUCGUGACUUUGGCAUCACCAACUGGGAGCUUACCAUCUCACCCAUCAACAUCCUGCAGGAGCUGCUGGCCACCUCAGCAGCUGAGUUGCCCCCAAGUCCCCUAGGCCGUGAGCCUGGUGGGCCAUCUGGAAGCUUCCUGACUUCACGACGGCCACGCUUACCUCUCACCAUGUCCUUCCCACCUACCUGGGCUGAGGACCCUGGGCCAAUCUACGGAGAUGCCCAGAGCCUGACCACCUGUGAGGUCUGCGGUGCCUGCUUUGAGACACGAAAGGGCCUGUCCAGCCACGCACGUUCACAUCUGCGGCAGCUUGGGGUCGCAGAAUCAGAAAGCAGUGGUGCUCCCAUCGACCUCCUCUACGAGCUGGUGAAACAGAAGGGCCUGCCUGAUGCUCCCCUGGGGCUGCCCCCUAGCCUGACCAAGAAGUCCAACUCACCAAAGGAGUUCGUUGCUGGGGCUGCCAGGUCUGGCCUGCUCACCCUGGCCAAACCUAUGGAUGCCCCUGCUGUCAACAAAGCCAUCAAAUCACCUCCUGGCUUCUCAGCCAAGGGCCUGACCCACCCAUCCAGCUCUCCACUCCUCAAGAAGGCCCCACUGACUCUGGCAGGAUCCCCUACACCCAAGAAUCCUGAGGACAAGAGCCCCCAGCUGUCCCUGAGUCCCCGGCCAACUUCCCCAAAGGCACAGUGGCCCCAGUCUGAGGAUGAGGGGCCACUGAAUCUCACUUCAGGCCCAGAGCCAACAAGAGAUAUCCGAUGUGAGUUUUGUGGUGAGUUCUUUGAGAACAGAAAGGGCCUGUCUAGCCAUGCGCGCUCCCAUCUGCGCCAGAUGGGUGUGACUGAGUGGUAUGUGAAUGGCUCACCCAUCGACACACUUCGGGAGAUCCUGAAGAGACGGACCCAAUCCAGGCCAGGUGGACACCUCCAUCCACCAGGUCCUAGCCCAAAAGCCCUGGCCAAGGUGGUAGGCAGUGGAGGUCCCGGCAGCUCACUAGAAGCCCGAAGUCCCUCUGAUCUUCACAUCUCAGCUUUGGCCAAGAAGUUGCCGCCACCACCAGGUAGUCCCCUGGGCCACUCACCGACUGUUUCUCCUCCUCCCACGGCCCGGAAGAUGUUCUCAGGCCUUGCUACACCCUCCCUGCCCAAGAAAUUGAAGCCUGAACACAUGAGAGUGGAGAUCAAGAGGGAGAUGCUGCCAGGGGCCCUUCAUGGGGAGCCACACCCAUCUGAGGGUCCCUGGGGCACGUCUCGAGAAGAUAUGGCACCCUUGAACCUGUCAUCUCGGGCAGAGCCAGUCCGUGACAUCCGGUGUGAGUUCUGUGGUGAGUUCUUCGAGAACCGCAAGGGCCUCUCCAGCCACGCACGCUCCCACCUGCGCCAGAUGGGUGUGACUGAGUGGUCUGUCAAUGGCUCCCCCAUUGACACACUUCGGGAGAUACUGAAGAAGAAGUCCAAGCUGUGCCUCAUCAAAAAAGAGCCUCCAGCUGGAGACCUGGCUCCUGCCCUCACUGAAGAUGGCUCUCCCACAGCAGCUCCUGGGGCUAUGCAUUCCCCACUGCCUCUGUCACCCCUGGCUAGCCGGCCAGGAAAACCAGGAGCUGGGCCAACCCAGGUCCCCCGGGAGCUCAGCCUGUCACCCAUCACAGGGUCCAAGCCCUCAGCUACCAGCUACCUGGGCCCAGUGGCAACUAAGCGGCCCCUCCAGGAGGACCGAUUCCUCCCAGCAGAGGUCAAGGCCAAGACCUACAUCCAGACUGAACUGCCCUUCAAGGCAAAGACUCUCCAUGAGAAGACCUCCCACUCCUCCACCGAGGCCUGCUGUGAGCUCUGUGGCCUUUACUUUGAAAACCGCAAAGCCCUUGCCAGCCAUGCGAGGGCACAUCUGCGGCAGUUCGGUGUGACGGAGUGGUGUGUCAACGGCUCUCCCAUCGAGACCCUGAGUGAGUGGAUCAAGCACCGGCCUCAGAAAGUGGGUGCCUACCGAAGCUACAUCCAGGGUGGCCGCCCCUUUACCAAGAAGUUCCGCAGCGCUGGCCAUGGCCGUGACAGUGACAAGCGGCCACCCCUGGGGCUGGCACCUGGGGGCCUGACCCUGGUUGGCCGAAGUCCUGGGGGGGAACCAGGGCCUGAAGCUGGCAGGGCAGCUGACAGUGGUGAACGACCUCUAGCAACCAGCCCACCUGGGACUGUGAAGUCAGAAGAGCAUCAACGGCAAAAUAUCAACAAAUUUGAACGCAGACAAGCCCGCCCCUCAGAUGCCUCUGCAGCUCGGGGUGGUGAGGAAGCCAAUGACCUGCAACAGAAGCUGGAAGAAGUGCGGCAACCCCCACCCCGGGUCCGGCCAGUCCCCUCCCUGGUGCCUCGGCCCCCCCAAACGUCACUGGUCAAGUUUGUGGGCAACAUCUAUACACUCAAGUGCAGGUUCUGUGAAGUGGAAUUUCAGGGCCCACUCUCUAUCCAAGAAGAGUGGGUACGGCAUUUACAGCGGCACAUCCUGGAGAUGAACUUCUCCAAAGCAGACCCUCCACCUGAGGAGCCCCAGGCCCCACAGGCACAGACAGCAGCUGUAGAGGCACCCUAACACACGAGCAUUCCGGAUCCCCUUUUGUGCCACCCAUCCCCUCCCAUUUCUCCCUUCCUCUCCCCCUUUUCCCUCCUUCUUUUCCGUUUCCAAAGGAGCAAGCCAAAACCUCAAACCGGCGCCUCUUGGGGGCCGGGCACACUACAACCUGGGCACUGGGAGCCAGCUAGUCACCCUUCCCCCAGCUUAAGGACUCUGGGGCCACAAGGGUAUCCUCCUUAAGCCUACCUGUUUGGUCCAGCAGGGGCAGUAGCCAGGCCCUUGGUGGUGGCCAAUCUGGUUGCAGGGGAGAACAGCACUUCCCUGUGUCUAGCAACCAGGCAGGGCUAUGUCUGCCAUCCGUGGCCAUUUGCAAAGACCCCAAAGACCCCUGUUCCCUCUUUCCCCCAUCAAUAUCUAUUCUCAUGCACAGGCAAACACACAUGCACAUGCACCUCGUGAGACCUGGGAUCUGCCCUAGCCCCCUCAGUUCCCAAGUCAAACGACCACAUCAUGCCACGGUGCUUGCUCAGGGGAAUCCAUGCUCCCUCUGCUAUCCCACUAGGGCUUGGGAGCUCCCACUGAGCCCAUAAUGCCACGGAAAUUCUUGUUGGCUGCCCCCCCCCCCCCAAAAGGGGCCUUCCUAGCUUGGAAGAACUCAAAGCUGACAGCUGCCUCCUGCCAUGUCAGAGCCUCAGGAGCUCCAGGGCUGGGAGGGUAGAGUGAGGGGUGGGACUCUCCUCCCCCACCCCUGCCACCCUCCCCCUUUUCACUGUUGCUUUCUAUGUAUAGCUCCCUAGAUCUUUCACUUUUUUAAAAAAUGCGUUUUGUGUAGAGAAUAAGGAACCUGGAUCUUUUUAUUUUGCAAUCCUGGGCCAGCUAGAUACCGGGAGCUAAUUGACCUUUUAACCUUUUCAGUGGCCACCUUUUGGUUAUCAAUGUACCUAGAAAUAUGUAAAUUAGAUUAAAUUUCUCUUCUGGAAACACCCCA